UGUUUAUUUUUUUUUUCUGAUAAGACAUACAGGCAGGCAGUCACCAACCCCAAAACAAGAAUUGCAUAAAACUAGUGAAAACUCUUUUCACGGACUUAGUUGGAAAACGAAACGCGUACUGUUGACACCAUACUGUUAUGAUAUUCGAUUGAACAUACAUUUUGAAAAAUAAAGAAAACAAUUCCGCUUUCGAAAUGUCAUCGUGCUAUAGUGGUUUUGAGGAUCGUUCGUUUGAAUUUGACGAUUCUUCGUUUGACAGUGGCUAUGAGAAAAGUUUCGAAACAGCCGAUGCAAGUUUUGCCGCGCGAAAGCUCGUUUUUGAUACCUCGGUUGAUUAUUUCCCACCAGAUUUAAUAUCGGAUCCUUCACCAUCAUCAAGUGCGGAGAGAAAUGCCUUAUUACAAGCAAAUCCAAACUUCAUGGCGGAUUUCACUCCGAAAUUGGGAUCAAAUACAUCAACACCCACCAAAGGCGGCAAGCCGAAACGAAAGUACGCAGUUGGAAAAAAUCGGGUCACACGUUCCAGGAGUCCAACUCAAGUAGUUCGCAUCAAAAAGUUCCGUCGGAUGAAAGCCAAUGACCGCGAACGAAAUCGGAUGCACACUUUGAACGACGCAUUAGAGCGUCUUCGAAGUACUCUACCAUCACUCCCAGAAGAGACCAAACUGACAAAGAUUGAAAUAUUGCGAUUUGCGCACAACUAUAUUUUUGCUUUGGAGCAAGUGCUCGAGAGUGGAGGCAAUAUAAAUCUUGACCUAGAGAAAUUGCAAAACUUAACACUCAGUGGGGAAAGAAUAACAAAAGAGCUAUUCAAUGCUAUUUUUGUGAAUCCGAGACCGUACCCCAUGAUGACUGGUCAUGGUUUUGGACAAUUUGAUCUUUAUAGCAGCAUGCGACAAUACAGUUUGUGCACACCUCAGCCAAGGAUACCAGAGACAAGUGUAGAUUUUUCUCAGGAAAAAUACGAUCUCUUUAAGAGUACAUUUGAAGCAGCAGCAACCGUUGGAUUUCCCUCAGCAACACCUUCCUACCAAUCAUCAUGUGAAUUGUUCACAGGAGAGCAUCAAACACAAAUUGGAUACUCACCACAUGGUGGACAAACUCAUAUUCCUAAUGAGCCGUUUAGGCAUAACGAGUUCCAAAGUGCUUAUCAUAAUCAAACAAGCAUAUCAAUGGAGCAGCAGCAUGAGCAUCAUCAACUUUCCGCAACAGCAACAACUCCAUUUCAUCAUAGUAGCAGUUUUUACUCGCAAACACCGCCAUGGAAGGAUUAUAAUGAGCAGGUUGUGAACAAUAGUGGGUAUGGUCACUAUUCGGUUGCUUAGUUUUAAGGUUAAACAGUACUUAAAGUGUAAUAUAAAUUUUAUCAAAGGCAUAUGAGUGAGAUACUAUACUUAAUUAU